UUUCGCAUGUAGGCCACUCGUGUCGUCUGGACACCAUUGCACCGUACAAAAAGUGCCCUUCCAAAUGGCGGGAGCCUUCUUGGGCUCCGCGGCCACUCCUUCCGCCUCCUUGCGCCAUUUCCGACUUCUCUCCGCUGCAAUGCUCCGGCCCCACCCUUCCCUUGAAGUCCUCGGCGGCGCCAAGGACUCCUUCCUACCGGCGUUGAGGUCCCUCGACCGUCCCUACCGUCCAUAUCCUAUCAUUGCCUGGAACUGCCACGUCGAGACUAUCUUCGCCGCGUUGUUCCGCUCCCUUCCAGACGUCCGGCUCAGGCGCGAGUGUCUCCGGACGAAAGACGGCGGCGCCGUCGCUCUUGAUUGGGUCUCCGGCGACGAUCGGCGACUCCCGUCGGACUCUCCUCUCCUCAUUUUACUGCCAGGGCUUACGGGAGGGAGCGAUGAUACAUAUGUGAGGCAUAUGCUUGUAAGGGCCAGAAACAAUGGAUGGAGGGUGGUUGUUUUCAAUAGCCGUGGUUGCGGAGAUAGCCCUGUCACUACUUCUCAGUUCUAUUCCGCUUCAUUUAUAGAAGACCUGUGUGAAGUAGUGGCACAUGUUGCCACUAGGUACCCAGAUGCGAAUUUAUAUGCUGUUGGUUGGUCUCUUGGAGCAAACAUUCUUGUUAGAUACUUGGGUGAGGAAUCCCAUAAUUGCCCCCUUUCUGGUGCUGUGUCCUUGUGUAAUCCUUUCAAUUUAGUCAUUGCAGAUGAGGACUUCCGUAAGGGCUUUAAUAUUGUUUAUGACAAAGCUCUUGCUAAUGCUCUGUGUAAAAUUUUCAAGAGGCAUUCUCUUCUAUUUGAGGACAUGGGAGGUGAAUAUAAUAUCCACAUGGUUGCCAAUGCCAAAUCAGUGAGGGAGUUUGAUGAGGGGCUAACUCGAGUUUCAUUUGGUUUCAAGUCGGUGGAUGAGUACUACUCUAAUUCAAGCAGUUCAGAUUCCAUUAAACACGUGUACACGCCUUUACUUUGCAUACAGGCUGAAAAUGAUCCAAUUGCUCCAUCUAGGGGAAUUCCUCGCAAAGAUAUUGUGGAAAAUCCAAAUUGUUUGUUGAUUGUUACGCCGAAAGGCGGCCAUUUGGGGUGGGUUGCAGGUCCCCAAGCUCCCCGAGGAGCCCCGUGGACCGAUUCUGUGGUGAUGGAUUUCCUGGAACAUCUACAAAGCAGAAAAUCUCAGACCAUUCACACGGGUGCAAAGCAAAAUGAAGAGGGCUUGCACUGCCUAGAGGUGGACCCCAGGCCCAAAUCAACAGAAUCCACGGACGGCCCACAAAUCUGUUGAUCCGCUACGGACCUAACCUGAUUUGGCAGGUUUUGAGGUGACUGUCAAAAGUGGUGGGCCCUACAUAUUUGGUUACAAUUGCGACAGGGCCAACCCACUACUGAAGAAACAAACAAAACAGGUGGACCGGGCUGUACGGCGCGUGGUGGGGAUGGAUGGCAGGGAAAAUGAAUUUUGUAUGUAUUACAAAGCUUGAAAGCCACAGCGAGAGAGUGAGAGAAGCAAAUGGCUCGAAUCACUUUCAAGCUUUGUGCCAAAAGCCUUUAUAAAUGUAUCCGUUUGAUUGUAUGUUAACUGUCAAGUGUCAUAUAAUGAGCUGUUUGGUUUGUGAGAUUGAGCUAAUUCGACGUGGGAAUAUUUAUGUAGUUUUGUUUCUAAUUUAAUAAUUUGAGAUUAAUUAAUUUUUGGAUUGUA